AUGGGGGGGAGUAGCCGACCGUAUAGAGAAGCGCUUCCUCGCCCUCUUCCCGCCCCCAGCAGAGGAAGGAAGCGACCGCCCGUUUCUCCUUCCCGCUCAGCAGCAGCAGCAGCACCGCCUUUCCUCGCAGAAGCCCCGCCCCAGCCACGCCCACCCGCAAGCCACGCCCCCGGGACCCCCCCCCCAGCCAACCUGGGCCGGGGCCUCGCGCUCACCUGGAGGGCCCCCCUCUGCCCCCCCCCCCGCGGAGGCGCCUCCACCUGCCCGAGCCUGGCCUUAGCCUUAGCCUUAGCCUGGCUGCAGGGCGGAGGGGAAUGGGGCAAGCCGAAGGCGGCGGCGGCGGCGGCCCUGAGGCGGCAGAAAUGCCCGCGCUCGGGGCCUGGGCCCGCCCUGUGCGCGCCGAGAAAAGGCCGCGCUGGCCUGACACGGGAGCCGGCACGCCGUGAGGAGGCGAGAGGACGGCGGCGGCAGCAGCAGCGAGGAGGAGCCCGCCUUCCUGUAUCCCGCCGGCCCGCCCACGAAGCCGCCAGCCACACUGCCAGCGCCGGCCGGCUGGCCGACCUCUGCUCCUGGUAA